GGAAGCAAUAUGCAAACUCUAUCCAACCAACUAGCAAACUACAUUUAGUUUUGCAAAGUUAUGCUGCUUGUUCUUCAGUCAGUUAAUAUUAACUUCACAAAGCAAUGACAUCAUUUGAAUUCGCCUCUUAUAUGCACAACUACAAGUCCAUUCGCAAAUACCAGGUUAGGCACUUAGGUAGUGGCGUUUCAGAAUCAUCCAUCACACAGCAAACAAGAUCAAUAAUAGGUACUAUGCUCAUACAUAUGGUUCAUAAUGGACAUCAAAUCAACGUAAAUGAGUCAUCACAAGCUACUCAUCGUGUUGCCUCCAUUGUUAUUCCUGAUAUGCAAUGUAAGCUGUAGAAGUUAG